GAAUAAAGGCAGUCAGGCUAUUUGCAUGAACAGCGCAUCGAGAAGGCAAAUACGGGAAUACAUAACAAGCAGGCGGGCAGAAUGGAACUGCUGACAAUGACUACCUUUACCUGUAGUACAAAGGCUGACACGCCCAGCACCUGGACGUUCGAGAUGAGCAAAGGAAAACGUGGAGAAACAGGAAGAGACAAGUAUAUCUGUUCUCUCGGGCUCAAGCAAAACGUUUGGAAAUAGGUUUAUCACCAUGUUGGAUCUUUUGGGUGUAUGAGAUCCUGAAUCUAGGACAAGGAAACCGAGAUGGCUAUUCCUGCUGGCAGGAUUUGUCCAAGAUUUGUUACUGCCUUCUUUUUGUUUUGGUGGGUUACUAGCCUCACGUCCAUGGCUCGGCAAAGUCCUUCAGCUUCGAGUUCAAAUGUGACAUUGCUGGUAACUGGAAAGAAUAACACAGUUGUGAUCAGUGCUGCAUUCCCAAGUCUCACCGUUCAGCCCUGCUUAAUUUGCAUGACAAGCUCCAAAGAAAACUGCACCUCCAGACUCCAGAUAGAUGCUAAUAAGAGUAUUUAUUUUCGUUUCAACUGCACAGACCCACAGAACUACUAUAAAAUCGAAAUCCAGAAAUUUGUUGAUUGCAUGUCAUAUACGAACUAUUCUAGAACUGUGAACUUUGAGCCUUCGAAUUUGCCUCAGCUCAACAGAACAUUUAUUUGGAGACUGAAGGCUGCCACACGGAUUGGGCUGGAUUUCACCUUUAAUGCCAUGCUAAAGCAGCUUGCACCCAAUGAAACCUGCCCUGGGAAUGUCCCUUAUAACAUACGCAGCCUAAAUUCCAAGACUGUGAAUAUCGGGACAUUUUGUACAGGUGGUUCAGUGUCAAGAGUAAGAAUCCAAGGAGGAGCAGAACUGACCAUGGAAGUGCCCCAUUACAUUGCCCUAGACACACCUGGCUUCAGUGUAACAAGUGGGAUGAGUAUACGAAUUUGCACAGAUUUGCAGUCCUGUCAUGUGAAAAAUCUGUCUCUUUACCAAGGCAUCAAGAAGCUAAAUUUGCCGCUGCCUUUAGAUGAAGUUACAUGGAAAUUGACAGCUCCAGAAGAGUGCAGUGUAGAGCUCACAUCUAGGCAUCUUAAGCUGCAUCAGCACACAAAAGAAAAGCCCUGUUCAAAUACCCGCUAUUAUAUGAGAAGCUUCAUUGAUGAACUGCAGCUCAAACCCAGCUUUGGGAUUUUCUGCCCUAAUGGAUCAAUUGAAAAGAUUCAGGUGAAGAAAAAUGCAACUGUUGUAUUAAAUACAUUAGAAAUAGUGAGUUCUGAUGUAUUUGCACAUCAUGACCUCAGUGUAUCCUUCGUGCGACACCUUCAAGAAGAAUAUAUAUUUGUUGUAUCUCCAAAAAGUGAAUCAGUGACCUACCUACUAACCCCAAGUGGAGAACUUGGUAUGCCCCCCCUUACAUCUGCAUCAUGGAGUGUCCUGGUACCCCCUGAGCAAGUUGCCUUGCUGAAAUUCAUAGAAAGAGCUUCAGUUACUUGUCAAUUUCAGCAUGUAUCCCUUAUUAUAAAAGAGCAAACACCAGACUCAUAUGAAAUACACCGACGGGAAGAUGAGCCUUUACCAGAUUCUUUAAAACUGUAUAAUAAUUUCUGGGUCAAUAUCUCAAAUUGUCUUCCAGAAAAUGGAACACUCGACUUGAAGCUUUUAUUGCAGGUGACUAAAAGAUCUGGAGAUAGAACCCUGAUAAUUGCACUAGCUGCUGUAGCUGCAUUCCUGAUCCUGCUAGCUGCUGUCAUCACAAUCUGCUGCAUAAAAAAACGGAAAAAGACAGCAGAUGCUCCACCUGUUGGUAUAUACAACGCUGGGAUCAGCACAGCGCCACCUACAAGAGCGGGACAGUUUCCAAAAGGAAGGAAAGAUAACGAGUCCCAUAUUUAUGCAGUAAUAGACGAUGCUAUGGUUUAUGGGCAUUUACUAAAAACUGCUGACUCGCCUAUUCCAGAAGUAGAUGUUUAUCGACCUUUUGAUGGGAAGAUGGGAGAUGUUCCUCCUACCCCACCACUACCCUUAUUCAGAAAAGGCAUACAAGCAGAUAAUGUCGAAGAAGAUUGCAACAUCCCACUAAAGGAUAAUGAUCUUUAUACAUUUACCCAGCAUAAGAAAACAGGACCCCAGGGCAAUGGAGAAACAAUUUCUCCUCUUCUAGGCACUGCAAAAGCCAAUUGUUAGAGUCGCACCAAGUUUGGCAUUUGGCUGAGUUCAAAGCUUCUGAUCAGUGGCUUCCAUUUCUAAAGAAACAGUAUCUCAUACACAGGUAUAAUGUACAGACAGCAUGCAUCAGGGAUCAUGGUUUAUUUCAUUGCAAUUAUUGAAAUUUUUACCUGCAAACACAUGCAUAACAAAUGUGUUAUAACAGACAUUAACUUUGCCAGCAUGUAUUACUUUCAUUAUCAGUGCUGUGGAGCUUGGAUUGUAGCAAGUGAUUGCUGUAAAAAACAGCUGUCAUUAUCAUUUAAAGCUCUUUGCACUGUGCAGUUCCAUUGGUUCUUUUCUGAGAUACUGCCCAAAGUCAAUGGAUAGCUCUUUAGGCAAUACAAUAUUAUAAAACUACUCCUUUGAUAUAUAAAUAUGUCUGAUUGCAAAUGCUUUAAGGACAUGUUAUUUUAAAGAUGGCAAAGUACUCAUUAAUCUCUAGUAUGUGAAAGUCUGAUGGAUUCCAUAUUAGAUAAUUUGAACAGCUGCUAGAAAUUAAGGUAUUGAAUUUCCUUUAUAUACGUAUGCAUUUUCGGACUUUUUUUAAAGAAUCUUUUUUUUUUUUUCUGUUUUCUCUUGUAUCUUCUUUUUUAUUUGUUAAACAAUGGACAAAAAUGACUUGUUUUCUUCUGGGAAAACAUCCCUGUCUGCAAAAUGACAUACAGAGAACAGCAAGAGAAAAAGUUGUAAUACUACCUAAAGAAACAAGCCUAAGGAAAGUAUUGUUUAUUUGACGACUACUACUAAAAUCCUGUGUUAAAAAUCAGAAUCUCCUGGGAACAUUUUCUUUUUAGGAAUGUUUUUUUAUAAUGGUCAGGGCAUCUUACAGGCUUUCUGAGAUGUCAUUGAGUACAGUACAUGUUGGAGAAUGAUUUCAGAUUACUGUGUUUGUGUAAAUUAUCUUUGCUUAGGUAUGUUGACUGCAUUUUAGUAGUCAAGAUUAAGAACUUACAGAUGUCUCAAAUUUGCCAGUGGAUUGUCAAAAGUAUCUUUUUCUGAACAGGACCAUGGAAUAAUACUAAAGAAUUAUGUUAAAUGUAUUUUACUGAAUGCAACACUUAGAAAGCAACCUACAUUGCCAAAGUAUUUGUUUCUGAACAGUUGUUAUGAAAUAAUAGUAAGCAUUGGUGUGACAUGUAUUUUACCAAAUGUAGCACUUAGAAAGCAGCCUGCGUGAUUUGUACCUCUCCACAUACACUGAGUAUUGAGGACUGUAAGGUUAAUUCAAAGUGUUUGUGAAAGUCCCCACUUAGCUAAAGAGCUACAGUUAUAGUUGUAAUAUUGGAGCAUGAACAGUCCAAUAGUUAGUUACAGACUACUUAGGUAUUUUCGACAGCCAGUCUGAUAAUAUGCAUAGAGACAAAGUGAGAGAAAAUGAUAAAGUGCUCCCUUACCAACAGCUAAGACAGGAGCUUCAGUAAGAAGCUACUAAAAAGUUUAACUCUUUAGCAUUUCAACAUAAAAACAAUAUCUAGACUUAAAAGCAAAAAUGUUUCCAAACAUCUGGCCUUUAUUAGUAUUGUUAUCAGAAUGGAAUGGUUGUGAAACAUCACUAUAUGCACAAACAAACCAAAUGCAAUCUGCUUUUGGAAGUAAAAUGUAAUCAUCAUUUUGGGUAUCUCAGGAAUCCAUAGUCUACCACUGAUGUAUUGUGUUAGUGUUAUUAAAUAAGUAUGUGGAAAAUCCCUUAUAAUACAGAUUUUACAUGUAUAUCUUACCUCAUUUGCGUCAAACAUUCAACACAGUUUUGUAACAUUCUGCAUACCACAUGCAUGAAUUUGGGGUUUCUUCAGGUAUCCUCAUUUCCUACCAAAAUUGGGCUAGCAGAAUCAGGGUCUCUGUUUGUCCAAAAGUCAGGUCAGAAAAAGUUCUUCAGCCCAGUUCAUUUACCCUCUUAUCAAAUAAACUAUACAAUUACAAAAUGUUUAUUUUUAUUAACUUUGGCUGUCUCUACAUUUUAAGUAUUAGUAAUUUGUUGUGCACCUAAGUCCAGUAGAGUCUCUGCCUCUUCAUAUGGAAGUACUUUAGGGAACAUCAUUUAUAAUAUUAUUGAAAACGUUUAGGAUCUAUGCGUUUACGUUUCUGUUGCUAAGCGAUAUCGUGCUUAAAGUAACUUGUACACUUUUCCUCUUGGAAUGCAGAUUUUUUUUAUUCUGUUUGCAACUUUGUAAGCUACCUGUAAAAUGUAGUUUAGAAGAGCCAUAUGUUUCACUUUAGCACAUAAGCUUAAUGUUUACACAAUAUUUCCAUUGUCUGAAAUCUGGCAUGAUCUGAUUUAAUUUUCCGCCUGCUAUUGCUUCCACUGAAAGGAUAACAAAGUAGCACCAUCUGUAAAAUACCACCACACACUGCGGGUUUCUGUAAAACUUUCUAGAAACUUGUAAUGUCAUAGUAGGUACAAUGUGUAAAAAUAUACUGAACUAGCCUAGGUAAUACUUCUUGAAUUGAGUGAGCACUAAAAUGUCCAAGUUAGAAUUAGCUCAUAGAUAGUUCAUUUGCUUAGAUUACAUAUCUGUUUGAUUAAGCAGUUUGAUUAAGGUUAACUUGACAAAUCUUUCUCUGAUCCAGUAAUGAAGCUAAGCAUCCAUCUAAAAUUCAUCUAUAGUUUUUAAUUUCAUUGUUAUUUUUAAGGUAAACACCACAACAAUUUAGGUCAGUAAUGAAAAAUGCUAUCCAAAGUGAUGUUUUCAAUCUUCAUAUAAGUAUCUCUUGCUAUCAGAGGACCUAUCCAUGAUCGAGACCCCACAUAAAACAAUUUGAGUGUUUGUCUCAUUAUCUUAAAGCGAGAACAUGUUUAAGCCAAAUUCUACAUUACAACCCUAAUGAGCAGGAGAGGGGAAGGGAGGAAGGAGCUACCAUGCUUAGACUUAUGUUUUAUAGGUUGCCGCAACAAACUGAGUUCAGUCUUAAGUUGUAGACAGUAGUACGGCAGGUAACACUUCUGUCAUUAACAGGCUAAUGGCUAAUAAAA